GGGGCCGAGAUGUCGGGGGCCGGCCGGUGGGCGCCCCUGAUCCUGUGUCUGUUGCAGGCCGCCCCAGGAAGUCCCCAUCUUGCUCCUCCCCUGAAUGUGACACUGCUGUCUCAGAACUUCAGUGUGUACCUGACGUGGCUCCCUGGGCUUGGCAGCCUCCAGAAUGUGACCUAUUUCGUGUCCUAUCAAGGCUCUUUCACCCCCAGACGGUGGCAAAAAGUGGAGAAGUGUGCAGGAACCAGGGCGCUGGUGUGUUCCCUGAUGUGCCUGAAGAAACAGGACCUGUACAACAAAUUCAAGGGACGUGUACAGGCAGUUUCUGGCAGUGCCAGGUCUCCUAAAGUGCAGUCCAAGUACUUCGAUUACCUUUCUGAAGUGGAGCCAGCUCCACCCAUCCUCGUGGUCACCCAGAUGGAGAAGAUCCUUGGUGUCAAUCCCACCUAUCAGCUGCCCCCAUGCAUGCCCCCGCUGGACCUGAAGUAUGAGGUGGAAUUCUGGAAGGAGGGCACUGGAAACAAGACCCUAUUUCCUGCCACCCCCCAUGGCCAGCCAGUCUACAUCCCACUCCAGCUGACCACCAGUGGACGCCACUGCCUCAGAGCCAGGACUGUCUACACUUUCAUUUCCCCCAAGUACAGUGACUUCUCUAAGUCCAGCUGCCUGGUCCUGGAGGUCCCAGGGGCCAGCUGGGUGGUCCUGGUGCUGCCCUUGCUUCUGCCACUAUUAGUAGUUGCCAUGGGAGGUAUGAUCUGGAAGCGCCUCCAGGGGAACCCCUGGUUUCAGCCAGCGAGGAUACCUCUGGCCCUGGACUUUUCUGGAUACAGACAUCCUUUGGCAACCUUUCGGCCCAGUAGACCACAGAUCCUGGAUGACUUGUUCCUCCAUCCCCAAAAGAAACUGACCAGAAGAGUCAGGCCGGCCCCUCAAGUCAGGGCCCCCACCACCUUAGCAGCAGAAUCAGAGGACAGUCUUGAAGACGAGGAUGAGGACACAGAUGACAGUGGCAGCUUCCAGCCCUACAUUUUCCAGCCCCGCUUCCAUGGACAGGAGCACCACUUAGCUGAGCACUCUGAGGCAGAAGAGUCUGGGGUCCACUCAGGGGGGAUCUGGAUGCCAACAGUCCCUGGAAAAGGCUCCUCUGCUUGGGAUUCUUCAGAUAGGAGCUGGCCCAACACUGUGGACUCCUCACCCUGGGAUCAGGCCAGACCCUCCAGCUAUUUGACCAAGACGAGACCAGACCAAGGACCUGGUAGGGACAGGCAUCAGAAGCCCUUCCCACAACUAGAGUCCUCUGAGGACUCAGACUCCCUGGAAGAGCCCCUGAAGGGUGACCUCUCCUGGUGGGCCACCUGGGGCUCCCCAUCCCCGGGGCGGAAUCUGGUUCCUGGGGAGCCCCCAGUUUCUCUUCAGACGUUUACCUUCUGCUGGGACAGUGGCCCAGAGGAAGAGGAA